GAGAAGGGAGAGAGCCCGUUCUCUCGCUCUCCUCGGAGACGACAGACGCUCGAGAGAGAGCGGUCCGCCUCCCCCCGCGUGCAUGCGUGUGAAUACAGACGUAGUCCAUAUAGCUAUAUACGUAGUCAUUGUCCGGUUGUCGUCGUCGUCGUCGUCAUACCUAUCCGUGCUCUCUUCAUCAGCCCGUUUACACAUACACCUGUUUUGCGCACCCUGGAUGGUUUCUCGGGUAGAGCCGGGGAAAAGUGCCUUCAGGAACGGUCUGCAGCGCGUGUUCGUAUGUGUGGGCGCAUUAAUAUAUUGCUUUACUCCUGAUGUUAUUGGCUGGUGUGUGUAAGCGUAAGCGGCAGCUCUUUCAUCGUCUUCUUCUGCUGUUUGUCAAUUUUUGAAGGAAAUCCAAGGUAUGUGUCUUACAUGGUGAAUCAAAUGGGAAACAGCCAAACGAGCAAUGCUACGUGCAAAAAAUUGCCCAUCGAGUACUACUGAAUUCAUCCAGGAUUGGUUGCUUUAGAAUAAAAAACGUAUUAAAAAGUCAGACAUAGUACUACAAGUAGUAGUACUAUAAUCAUGGAUACGUCUACAGGAAGAACGUCUACGGGCGUUAGUAUUAAGCCUAAUACAAUAAAAGUUGCACAAGAACAAAUGGGCAGGUUAGAUGUGUUAGUUUGUGGACAGUGUCAUGCUGUCUUUCAUUUUGUCGAGGAAUUUCAGCAACAUCACUCCAAAGAAGGAGCUUGUUCCAAAGUUUCGAAUUUUAGAGAAAAUAAUAAUAUGGAACAAAAAGCGCAAGUUUGGGCUUUUCUAUUGUGGAAAGACACGCAAAAUCAACAAGAAAGUCCAGACAAAGAAGGGAAUGGUUCAUGGAAAUUGUAUCAAAAAUGGUGCAAUAUGGAUAAUCACACCAGAGAUGGCUGGAUAUUAGCUGGCAAAACAAUACAAACGUUUACCAAAAUAAGUAAUGCCAAGAUGCAAGAUGUGCCUCAAAGUGGCACUACAGAAGGAGGUAAGACUGUAGUUUUACGCAAAGUAAUUAGAAAUGGCCAGCCAGAUAGCCCUGAUAAAAAAGAUUUUAAGUCUGAUCCCAAAAUUAAAUUCGAACCCAUUGAUACUAAAGAGAAAUUCAAACUAAAAUCUCCAGUCAAGUCAAAGGAAAAAAUCAUAGAAGAUAACGAUAACAUCGACGGUCAUGAUGACUAUUUUGUUGAGCAAAUCAUGGCGAAAAGGUUUAAUCAAAAAAGAAAAGUGUUUGAGUAUCUGUUGAAAUGGAAGAAACGUAACAGCCCAGUUUUUUCCAAAGAUAAUUAUAAUACUUGGGAGGAUGAGGCACACGUCAGCAUUAGGUAUAAACAUUUGAUGGAUGAUUUUGAAUCGAAUCUUGCAAAACAAAGAGAAAAACAAGGUGCAAAAUCUGGUAGAGUAAAUCAAUCAACUAUAGGACAGAAGAUUAUCAAAACAGAUAAUGCUACAGCAGGGCCUAGCACUCCUCAAGGAGGGAGACCCAUGCGUUUAAGUAAAUCAAAGGCAACAGACCGGGUUAAGCAGUGGUGUGGCUCAAUGAUAGAUGACGAAGCAUCUAGCAAGAGAAAAGUUGCCUCAUCUGACAGCGACUCAGACGAAACGGCCGCCAGUGGUUCAAAGCGUCACAAGGUUGGGUCGAGCGAUGAAGAGUGGGUUAGCGAUUCAAUGGAAGAUAAAACUCUGAUCGGUCGCAGUGACGUCAUCCAACGCGCCUUUAGGGGUGCAAAUAUUCAAUCCAACGGUUCUCGUCCAUCGACAGGAAGCGAUCUUCCCAAUAAUUUCGUUGCCAACAAGACGAUCAAAGUAGAGUCCAAGUCUACCUCGGCACAGUCCAAUCUGUACAUAAUGCACAAGAAGGAGGGCAUUAUCAAACUUGAUUCUUCACCGACAAACAAAUUGAGCGUCAAAGGACCCAACCAGCCUGCUAGCAGCAUGGUAAUCAUGCGGAACAGCACUCCCAUUGUGCGCAAGCAAGUCGUGUCCGGUGGUACACACAGCAACUCCAUAACUCCGGUGAAGGUGUUGACCAAGUCUGACGGCACACAGAUCGUCACGCAGAUGCAAGUCGUUUCCAACAAAGCGUCACCCACGAAAGCAGGCACUCUCACGGCAGUAAAGAGCGAGCCGAUCAAAAUCCAACCUAGACCCGAUCCCGGCCAGGUGCAGCAGAUACACUUGGUCACAGCGAUCCCAAGCCCGAUCAACGUUCAGACGCAACGGAUGGUAACGUCGACCACUCCAACAGCUAGACCAAACGCGACCGUACAGCGUCCCAGCGACAACAACGCCCAGCGGCCAUUGUUGCCCCGACCAACCGCAAUAGGACGUGGCACCCCGGUCACGUCACCCGUAGUGCACGCAUCGCAACAGCCCCGUACACCGGUGGCACGGCAGACUACCACCAUACCCCAGCAACAACGACCGGUGGUGCAGAAGCGCAUCCCACAGGGCUUGACGCCGACAACCAAACUCGUGCAGACCCCCACAACGGGUGCCCUUCAAGCUAUUCAGAAAACCAAGAUCGUGCCUAUCGCGGCCUCCCAAGGUAAGGCGUUGCCCAAGCCAGCGGGGACUACAGUGUCGGCCAUCAGUUCCGCCGUUAGUCAGCAGACAGCAAAGCUUUCACCCAAGGUCACUCUGACUAGUGGUAAGUCACAGACAGCAGCGACGCCGCAGCAGAAGAUGAUGCUGGCUAGAAAGAAAGUCGCUGCAGAAGCAGGUAUCGUGCCGAAACCCGUUAAUCGUCCCGCUCUUAGAGGCCAGACAGCGAUCCGCGGCAAGCCCAAUCCGAUGGCCAAUAAGCCCAAGGAGAGCAAGCUUGCUGCCACCGGUGGCCUGCACAUGGAAUUCCACGUUGAAUCCGAGAGCAGCAGCGGUGAGGAGCCGGAUUUUCCGCCCUUACCCGCCGAGGGUGCCCAACCGUGCCCAGAGCCCGACAGUCCGCCACGCCAGUUGAGCCUGUGCCCGCACACUGGCCGGCUCAUCGGCCCGGAUGGUAUACCUAUCGAACAACCGGAGCCUGAGCCCGAGCCUCCCGCGCCAACCCCCAUGGCCAUUGUGCCUGCUUCGGCCGCCGUGGCUUCCAACACCGCCACGAUCAGCGCCGACGGUGUCAUAGCCAGUACCCCGAGUGGUGAGACAACGGAGCUCGUUCUGCCCACUCUUGAGUCCUUUAGCGAUGCCGCGGGCAACAUAGUGCGCGUCGAAAUGAGCCCCGGUGGCACCACGGGUAUCGUCGUCCAUACGAGCGAGGCCCCAACCACGAGUGGCGAUGGCGUUGUGAUGCCUGGCCCUGACAUGCCCAGCCUCGACGACCCGAGCGUUGAGAUCCAGACAACGAGUGCCGGUGAGGUCGUCGUUAACGUAGCCCCGAUAGCUACGACAGAGGUAACAAGCGCCUCGGGCACGGCGACAGUAACAACAGUGGCUGAAGCCACUACGACGACGAUGGAUCAAUCGGCCGCGGACGCGCGGCCCACGUCUUCUGACGUAGCGGUACUACUAACGCAACAGGAGACGACAGCUACGGCCGCGGCUGAAGCUACGAGCGAGACAAAUAACAUGGAAGUCGACGCGAGCGUGGGUCCAGCCACUCUCAAAAUAGAAGAAAACUCAGGCAUCGUGACGUUAACCGGGGAAGACGGGGUCUUGUACCAAGUGGCCAGCCAGUCCGAGAACGGCCAGACGGUGCUUCUAGCUCAGGGUGCUGACGGCGAACAGCAGUGCGUUUACGUGACGACGGAGCAUGGAGCCACGGGUGAGGAGGGCCAGAUAUUGUCCCUAGACCACGCGGUUGCCGAGGCUGUGGCUCAGUUGGGUCCCAAUGCACAGUUCUAUGUGAAGGAGGGCACCACCGAAGAGACUGUUGAGGCUUCAGAGGUCGCGAACGCCGAUCAACAACAAAUGCUUAUGUACAAUCCCAACCCGGUUGAUGACAAUACCGAUAAUCAAGUUGUUGCUCAAGUCGUCUCGUCCGAUCCACCUACCGAAGGUGGCAUAAGAAAGGUAGUAUUGCUUCUACCAGAUGGAAAUUUGAUGAUGACCGAGGUUGACGAAGAGCAGUACGUAGCGCUUGAACUUGACAAGUGAAAUGACAUCGAGUGUUUGGCAAAGUGAAAAGAAAGAUAUGCACCUUCAAAGGGUUCGUGUAAUGUAUGUAAAUAAGGAAGAAAAAAAACUUUCCACUAAUGUGAAAUAUGAGACAUUAUUGAUACUUUCUAGCUGAUAAGUACUUUGAAUGUAUAAGGAGGCUUUAAAGUAUGAUGUAAAAAAAAAAAAAAAAAAUUCUAAGCCUAUUAA